AUUGAACAUUCAAAUAUCUAAGCAGACUAAGUGCUUCUUUUUACUUCACAUUUAUUCCCCAUUCGUAUACAUAUGUCAGUACAUUUGGGCUCGAUUAAUCAAACUCAAUUUAGAUUCUGAGGCUCUUGUUCGAAAUAGGCACAUCGAUGCAUCUAUGCGAAUAUGGCGGCUGCAACAACCAUUCAUCCGAUCUUGGAUUUCUCAAGUCAUGAGAAUAACGAGAGUUAUGCAAUGGGCGAGUUGGCUUUAGAUGAACCUCGGUCUCCUCAAAAUACCUUUGAAAUGCGGCCAAUAACCCGCCAAAGACAAAUCAUAAUUCUCAUCUCAAGCUUUUUGACAAUAUGUAUCACGAUUGGUCUCAAUCAGUCUUAUGGCGUUUUUCAGAGCUACUACAUCUCCCCAACUCAAAACAUGCUUCCAAAAACAACGGUCAAUGAAGGUGCAUUGGUGGCCUUUGUGGGCACACUCGGGUCUGGUCUUACUUGGGCCGGCAGCAUUGUGGUAAAUCCAAUGAUGACAAGACUAGGUGCAAAGGGUUCAAAAUAUAUCUGUGUAACGGGAGUUGUCUUCACGAGCCUAGGAUUUGGAUUGGCAAGCGUGUGUAAGGAAGUCAGUAAAUCACAACCAGCGCUUCGGUCAGUUACUCGCUAAACCGUUUUACUAGGUUUGGCAACUUCUGUUGACACAAGGAUUACUAUACGGCAUUGGUUCAUCGUUACUUUACUAUCCAAUUCUAAGUACAGCACCAGAGUACUUUAACAUACACCGUGGGUCAGCAAUGGGAUUCAUUCUGUCGGGCGCGGGAAUUGGAGGGCUUAUCUUCUCGCCCUUGAUCCGCUUUCUUUUGACAUCAAUUGGGCCCAGAUAGACACUCCGUUUACUUUCUUUCCUCGUGCUGGUCAUAGCCCUGCCGAUUGCUGCAACUGCAGCUCCAUCAUGAUUUGUUGGAAGACGACAAACUCAUGUAGAUCUCAAGUUGGCCAUGAAGCCGGCAUUUAUCUUUAGCGUUGGAGCUGGUUUCUUACAGGCGGGAGGGAACGGACUACCACUCACGUUCCUGGCUGAGUACUCGGUAGCUUUGGGAUAUACUUCGACUUUUGGUGCCACCCUGCUAGCUGUUUCGAAUGGAGUUAAUUCUAUUAGUCGAGUGAUGACCGGCUUCGCUGGAGAUAAGUUUGGAAGACAGAAUACGCUUAUCCUGUCGGUUAUCUUGUGUGUCGUAUCAGUAUCUGGAUUCUGGCUAGGAAGUACGACUGCAAAUGGUAAUAAGGCAUUAUGGUUACUUUUUGUGAUAUUCUAUGGAGUUGCGGGCGGUGGUUACAAUGCUCUAUUUCCCACGGUAUGUCUCUCCAUUCCUUCACUACAUCCCAUUCUGUGCAAAUCGGUUACAUACAAGCAAAGACUGUGGCGGAAGUAUUUGGACUUCAGGCCUACGCUAGUGUAAAUGGGUUUAUAUAUUUUGUGAGAGGCCUUGGGAUCAUGUUUGGUAGCCCAGUCGGUGGCAAAAUCCUGGGGGAGAGUCAAUUAGGAAAUUAUCGUAGGGUGAUUUUGUUCGAUGCAGCGCUUUUGUCCGGUGCUACUUUUUGUGUUAUCGCGGUGCGACUGUUUGAUUCUAUGGAAAAAAGAUCUUGGAAGUGGAAAGCAUAAUGUGUUGCAUCAUUCUAUUAUUAUAUUCAGCUAUUGGUAU